GUUUGACUGGCCCCCACCAACACGCUGACUUCCGGUUUUUGGUAACCAUGGCGGCGGCCGCAGCCUCGGAGACCCUGAAUUUUAACGUCGGGGUGCUGGGUCACAUCGACAGCGGGAAGACGUCGCUGGCUCGGGCCUUGAGCACCACAGCCUCCACCGCCGCCUUCGACAAGAAUCCUCAGAGCCGGGAGAGGGGUAUCACCUUGGAUCUGGGCUUCUCUUCCUUCUGCCUUCCCGUCCCAGAACACCUCAAGCCGCAUGGAGACUACACCAGGCUCCAGGUGACACUGGUGGACUGCCCUGGACACGCUUCCCUCAUUAGGACCAUCAUUGGAGGUUCCCAAAUUAUUGACUUGAUGAUGUUGGUAAUUGAUGUGACAAAGGGAAUGCAAACGCAGUCUGCGGAAUGUCUGGUGAUUGGCGAAAUUACAUGUCCCCGGAUGGUGGUGAUCCUGAAUAAGAUUGACCUUCUACCAGAGGCAAAGAAACAAGUGGCUAUAGACAAAAUGACAAAGAAAAUGCAGAAGACACUGGAGAAUACAAGGUUUAGUGGAUGUCCCAUCAUUCCUGUUGCUGCCAAGCCUGGAGGACCUGAUGCCCCAGAGACAGAAACUGCGCAGGGCAUUUCAGAACUUAUCGAGCUCCUGAUAUCACAGACAUACAUGCCAAAACGUGAUCCGUCUGGAUCCUUCCUCAUGGCCGUUGACCACUGUUUCUCAAUCAGGGGUCAGGGCACGGUGAUGACGGGUACCAUCCUCUCUGGAUCUAUCAAUGUCAAUGACAGCGUGGAGAUUCCAUCCCUUAAGGUCAGUCGGAAGGUCAAGACCAUGCAAAUGUUCCGUCAGCCAGUGUGCACUGCCAUCCAAGGUGACCGAGUAGGAAUCUGUGUCACUCAGUUUGACCCUAAACAGCUUGAGCGAGGCGUGGUCUGUGCCCCAGAGUCCCUGUGUACCUUGUAUGCUGCCAUAAUCUCCGUGAAGAAAAUACCUUAUUACAAAGGAUCGGUCCACACCAAAGCAAAGUUCCAUAUUACGGUUGGCCACGAAACGGUCAUGGGAAGGGUGACAUUCUUCAGUCCUGCCUUUGAGGAUUUUGACAGUGAGCCUGUGAUGGAUUGUUUUCUCUUUGACAGAGAAUACCUCUAUCAGGAAGAAUACCUAUCACAGGCCAAGGAUGUUGGUGUUGAUAAAAGCCAAGCAGAUGGAAGCAAAGUACCCAGGCAGCAGUGGGCCCUGUUGGAGUUUGAGAAACCAGUGACAUGCCCCAAGCUGUGCCUGGUUAUAGGAUCCAAGCUCGACACUGAUAUCCAUGCCAAUACCUGUCGGCUUGCUUUUCAUGGAGUCUUGCUGGAAGGUUUUGAGGAAAAAAACUAUGCGGAAGUCUCUCUGCCUAAGCUGAAGGUCUUCAAGCUGAAACACAAAGAGGGGCAAGUGGAAAGGGUUUCAGAUGAUUAUAACGUCAUCGGCCGCUCCCUCUUCAAGAAGGAAACGAAUAUGCAGCUGUUUGUUGGGAUGAAGGUUAAAUUGUCCACAGGAGAAGCUGGAGUGAUUGAAGGAGGCUUUGGGCAGAGUGGGAAAUUUAAAAUCAGAAUCCCAGAUGGAUUAAACCCAGAAACGAAGCAACGGCUUGCAACAUCCAGCAAGAAAAAAUCAAAAGGAGGGAAGGGCGACUCGACGAAAGCUGAAGAUGGGAAGCUUGAAGCACAACCCAUAAUUAUCACUUUGGCCUUUAAAAGAUACGUAUUUGAUCCACAAAAGAAAAUGAUACAGUCCUAAAGUGUUUUUGAAGCAUAAGUGUGCAGGAGUGGGACUGGGACUGGGUUAAAGAAGUCCCCUUGCCUUAAAGCUCAUUAUUCUGGGGACAGGUUUCAGUGAUUUCUGAAGGAAUAAAGUCAAAAUUAAUUCUUUUGAUUGCCGAGAGAUGUAUUCUGUUUCAAAGUUAUCAAUUGAGAUGGGCUUUCUCACCCUAACCCCUAAAGGUGCUAACUAGCGAUAACACAGCCAGAGGCACCACUAUUGUCAGCAAGGUACCUUUUGAACUGCCUAGGUGUGAUUGUUGGUCAGCUGAUUGGCCAUGUGGUGGAGGGGAAAUUUGAUUGUGGCCUCAAACAUGUGUACAGAUCAGUUCACAUCACCAGGAGUCAGGAGUGGGAUAAAGACUGCAAAUCUGGAAACACAACACCAACCUUUGUGUGGAGAGAGAGAAGCUCAAGUUCACAUCUCAGGUCGAUGGCCUUUCAGGAAAACUGGAACUAGCUCGAGAUGCAACAGGCCUUUCAGUCGAUACAGAGGCAGGCUGGGAGAGUUAUAGGUGAACAAGUUGCAAAGUAAACAAUAGGAUGGGCUGCGGGAGAUUAAAUGACGGAAGAGGAAUGGUACAAGGCUAAAGCAGGUGGUAAUAACACACAAGGGAUAAAAAUGAAAGGUGGGUGGAGAGAGGAUGGAAAGGGGAGCAGCAACAUCUUUACAAAAAACUAAAGAACUACGGAUGCUGGAAAUCAGAAGCAAAAUCAGAAAUUGCUGGAGAUAUCGAGCAGGUCAGGUGGAGAGAAAGCAGAGUUAGUGUUUCUGGUCCAAGGACCCUUCUUCAGAACUUCAGCAUAGACCAAGGUGGGAACCUGCUCUUGCUCAGAACGCCUGUUUCACUCCACUUGCUUCAGAAUUGGGGAACCCAGCGCUAGGCUUGCCCUGCAGCCGUAGUGUUAGUGCAAAGGCCCCAUACCUCACUGUAAAUGUAACAAGACCAGAUCUAUCCCCAUUGUAGAUCUGAUUCUCAUUUUGAAAGUAUCAUAACCUUCCUGCAGCAGUGACAGCAUUACAGAAGCUGCACUGAGAUCUGAUCGGCACUGUGUUUAAAAUGUAGAUUGCCACACCAGCUGAAUGACUGUAAAUCACUUCAUAGUUUAAUUAUGAAAUGAAUGUACAAAUUGUUCAAUAUUAUUGAUACCAGUCAUGCACUGAACCACCCCUGACAGCCAUUGGGUAUAACAUUAUGUGAAAUUUUAAACAAACUCUCUCCUCUCUUACCUUUGUUUUGUACAAACCACCAUUCCCACAGCCACAGCAAGGAGUUCUCUCAUUUUCCUUAUGGAUAUUUAUACCUAAUGGGCUGGAACCACAGUCAGAGGGUUAGUGUGUUUUAUUGUUCUCUCAUGUUCCACUACAAAAGGCCUUUUGAUGCGCUCUCCUGGAAUCCUGACGAACAUUUCUCCUAACCUGUUCCUGACCUAAUGAUUCCCUCUCCAGACUGUAUCCUCCAUCCUGAUAACACACCGUGCUGGGUGGGAUCUCGUGCAGACCUAUUCAUUCUGUUAGCCUCCUGUCCCAUCCCUGGGUUCACUGCUUUCCAAAACCCUCCCCCCUCCGCCCCAAGCUCAUUGUUCCUCCAAACACCAACCACCCCCACCCCCGAGCUCACUGUUGAGUCUUUUCCCCCCACUCCCCCAGCCCCAGAGCUCAGAGGUUCUCCCCAUCCAAUCUCUCUACCCCAUCCCCAAACUCUCUGCCUCCUGCGUUCCCCCCAACCCCCAAGCAUACUGCACCGCCCAAGUGUCUGGUUCCUAGCCUGGAGUUUACUGUUGUCCCCUGCUUCCCACCAACCCCCCCACCCCAAACCUCAGUGCCCUCUUUCCCAGUGCUCACUCCACAUUCAGGCCCCACAGUGAAAGGUGAUUUUGUGAGUGAUGCUGUCCAGAAUUGAUAACCCUGCCUACAUCCUACAAAUGAAUACAAAACAUUGAAUCUGAGCUUGAGACUUCGGCAGCCAUAGUGUUUUAUCCGCUGUAACUGUAUUGUAAUUAAAGUCAUUGUAUGUUCCCUUU